AUAGCAAGAAGUCUAUGAAUUAUUCAAUGACAAAACCUGUCAAAUCUGUCAAACGCAAUUUAUUUGCAUUUUAAAUCGCUUUUACCAAGUAAGUUUAACUUAAAACUACCCAAGUAUUAUUUAAAAUUGUUAACGAUAUCAAUAUAAACCGUUUAAUUAAUUCCCGAUGAUCGAUUAAGUCGAAUUACGUCAUCACAAAGUUGUCGGUUGAAAAAAAAGGUUGAAGUUGUCGGGCGUGCGUUCAGUUCGAUUUAUGUUCUAAAAAAAACGCCUUUUCAACCCCGAAUUAUAGUGUAUUCCGUUUAUUUGAACUUAAAUAUCGAGCGACAAUGAAGGCGAGUGGACCUGAUAGAAAAGCGGAAUUGGAACGGAAAAAAGCUAAACUUAGAGCGAUACGUGAUGAGAAAGAACGAAGACGGAAAGAGAAGGAGCAUAAGGAUAUCGAGGGUGCUACGGGGAAUAUCCUUUCGGGAGCUGCAGGAGAUAGUUCAAGCCGAGAAUUGGAUGAGAUGCUUAGUUCUUUGGGGGUGACGCCGGUUUCGGAGGUUUUAUCAAGUAUUUCUAGUGCACAAUCGCUUACUCCAAACGAUAGUAGGAACCACACUCCUGAUACUUCGUUACAACCUAACAGUUUACCAAAUAACGUUGGACAUAAAAAACGUAUGCCAACGUUGACCUUGGUACCGGGUCAACCGACGAAUAUCCCCCCUAAAGAAGUUGUCGUUUAUACGAAACAAACCCAAACGAACGUUUCUGGACCAGAAAGGGACGGUAAGUUAAAAAUUUAA